GCAAGUUUCAUUUUUUGGCUCGAUAUCAUAGUCCACUGACUGUUAUAAAAUUAUUGAUCCCGUCUAAGUAAAAGUGUUUAUAUUUGUGUGUACUCCCUUUUUGGAUCACCUAUUUGGUUCAUUCGCUGUGCACUAUUAUUAUAUUAUUAUUAUUAUUAUUACAUGUAUUUGAUUGUCAUCAGCCUUGUAUAAUUCCCGGAUUCAGGCCAAAGACGUUUUAUAUUUUAGCCUGAUAAAUAAAUUCAAGAUACUAAUUCUAGCGUUCCAAUUUCGGUGUUGACAAUAAUAAGAUUCAUUUUUUUUUUGAUACGAAAAUGUCGAAUCUGGACAAUAAAUUAUUGGGUGAAAAGAAUCAUUAUUAUUGCAGUAGCAGCAGUGAUGAUGAUGAUGAUGAUCGAUCUGAUUAUCGAGAAAUUAGUGUUCAAAGCAAAAUCAAAUGGGAAGGAACCAGCUGUAAUACUGGACCAAAAGGUGUAAUCGAAGAUUUUCAACGUUAUAAAAAAUUCGAAAAUGAACGACGUGCAAAUCGUGUACGUGCGCGAUUGGAAAGAAUGAAAAAAUCGGCAUCAACAGUAAAGACGAAUGUGGCUGCAAUGACACCAGCAACUAAUGUAACCACCACUGCAGGUGAUUUGAAUGAUCUCGACGAUGAGAAUGAUCCGUUCAUCAAUGAAUACAUUGCAAAAAGAAUGAAAGAAAUGCUCGACCGUUAUCAACGAUCAACGGCCAGCAAACAAUUCGGCGAGCUUAAACAUUUACCUAGUGGCGAGGCAUUCCUUAAACACAUUGAUGAUGUUCAAUUACGAACCGUGUUGAUCGUAACUCAUAUCUACAAUCAUAAGAUUGUCGAAUGUAACAUCAUGAACAAUUGCCUUGAUAAAUUGGCCCGUAAAUAUCCCGAUGUUCUAUUCUGUUCACUCGAUGCUAUCAAUGUUGGCAUGAGCCGUGAAUUUACCAAAUAUGGAGUGCCCGCUCUAUUAAUCUACAAAAACGGUGAACUAAUUGGUAAUUUUGUUAGUCUUGGCGAUGAAUUUGGUGCCGAUUUUGAUGAAAAAGAUGUCGAAGAUUUCCUCGUCGAAAACAAUAUCCUCAUUUCUAGUCAACUAAUAUCCAGUAUUUCAGUCACAUCAAAUUUGUCCAAAAUGGAGAAACAAAAACAACAAUCGAAAUAAAGUUCUAAACCCAAAUCCCACCACUUCAUCAGACAAUUUAUUUCACUAAAUUUGUAUUUCAUUAUCAUUGUCCAUUUCAGACACAAACAUUUAUUUGAUGCUAAAUAAUUUUAUUUGACACAA